AUGCCUCACGCUCAUCACCAUGCUGGGAUGGGGCAUCAUGCACCAGUUCGACGGGAGGUGAUUCCUGCUGAUGAAUUGCCACUUCCCGUACCCGAGAUCCCAUCCUUCGCUUCCAGCACUCCAGCCCUGGUAGCAAGAGCCCCGAAUCCAGACUCGACAUCAACCUGCAACGAUGGAGACAAUUGUGAAAAGUCCACCAGUGAAAUGACCACGACGGUUCUGCCCGUGGUACUAGGUGCAUGUGUUCCCAUCUGCUGUGCCAUCGUUGUGCUUUUUUUGCUUCACCGAAGACACGUCAAGAGAUUAGUUCGGGAAGACGCCGAUGAUAAGCACAGGUCCCUCGACUUUGGACUCGAUGAGGUGGAGCCCAAGGGGAAGAAGCAGAAACUACAUCCACCAAUGCCUCAGACGGCUGAGCAUAAUCAUACCAAGGGACUAUCUCUCGACAUCGGCCAGCCUUAUCUGAUGCCCCCAGGAAUCCACGGCUCCACAGAUUCGCUGCAUUCACUGUCCCGAUCAAUGACUGGUGAAGAUGACAAGUACCGGCCUGCCACUAUCUUUUCUCAGGACACAGGCUCUGUUCGGUCGUUCCCCAGAGCACCCCGGGAUGAUGCAUCCAGCCUGGCUGGGUCCACAACACGCUUUGGACAUGCUGAGGAGCCUAACUCGGGUCUUCUGCGAAACGCACAGCGGAUGUCUCGUUCGUCUCCUCCGCUAUACAAUACCCCCGACGAAGCCAAUGGACAUGCCAACUCCCCCCAAGAUCGCCUUGCGCCAUUCCCUGGAUUUUCUGCAACUCCUACCGAUCGUGGUGAGCUUAUGACCGCCGGUGGCCCCAUGGCCAACGACCAGAGCAGGGACACCCGGCCCCAGGAGCCCCAGUCGAACCACACAGGUUUCCAAUUCGAACUUGACGACACGCAUAACUCAAACCCCCACCAAGACCAGCUGAACUUCCCGCUCCCGGAAUCUGCGCCAUCGCGAGAGUCCGAACAUGCCCAGUCUUCGGUGCAGCUCCCUCGCAUUUCUCUGCCAUCGAGUGAUGCGACCAGUGAUUACGAGGAUGAGCGAAAGUCGGAUCCCUCGAUCCCCGCGGUGAAUGUCAACGGGCCGUAUGCAUCGCAACACGACGCAAUCCCAAGCCACCCCCCGUUGCCCGAUCUCCCCGAAGAGCCCCAGAAUUUGGACCUGGCCUAUGACAACCGCCGGGAUACUCGCCGCCUGACUCUUGGGUUGCGUCCGCUCCCGCCGGAAGACCCGUCAGACAACCCAGAGCAGCGCGCCAACCGGAUUCGGUCGUUCUACAAGGAAUACUUUGACGAAAGCAAGACAGGACGGGAAACUACCUACUAUGAAGACUUUGGUCCAGAGUUCUACGAAGAUGGUGGGUUUGUCUAUGAUCCGGUCACCGGGGAAUAUUACGAUGCCGCUCUUGCACCGUUUGCCGAGCCGAUGGGUCGUCGAGCCAUGACUCCGCCGCCUCGUGCUCCGCCGCGUUUCCAAGGCGGUGGCCGUCACAUGGCGACCAGUUCCGCUGGCUUUAAUGGUUUUGCUCCGGGACCGCGGGCAUUCUCGUCCGCCUCCGGCCGGCUGCCCGGAGCCCGGGGUCCGCGCAAGCCGAUGCCUCCCCCGGCACCAUUGCAAACCCUGCCUACCCCUCACAUGCUGAAGGACGAUUCCAUCAUGACCGCGCUCGAUUUUGCUCCUGGGAAGAACUUCCGGGAUCAACGUGCGGGUCGUCCGGAAACGCCCAUCGGCGAGGUACGGCCCUACAGCCCGGCUGUGCGCGCCCACACCCCGCUGGCUUCUCCGUUUGAUGAACUCUCGGUGAUCCCGAGUGCGCACGCCCUGCGGAAAUCGGGGACAUAUACCAACCUGGACUUCGCGCCUCCGCCCCGGUUCAAGAACAAUGAUGCGGGCAGCGAUGCGGGCAGUAUUCGCAGCAACCGCACGGGGAUCUCGAACACGCACAUGAACAACAUCCGCAUGGGUAACUAUCGCGUUAGUCGGUUGCCUUCGGACAUGGUCGGCACCAAGCAGGACUUGAUGUCCACCCUGCGUCCAAACUGGGACAUGCGCAACUAA